AGAACAUGGCAUAUAGUGGGCCUAUUGACAAGCCCUAUAAAACCCAAACCCUAAGGCCCACGUCGUCGUCUUCUCGACUCCAUCUCUUCUCCUCUAUCAACACACUGCUAACAGAAACGCCGCUGCAAUUGUUGCUUCCAGUAUCUUGAAUUUGCAAAGAUGGUGAGGGUUAGUGUUUUAAACGACGCUCUCAAGAGCAUGUACAAUGCUGAAAAGAGGGGAAAAAGACAGGUCAUGAUUAGGCCAUCUUCGAAAGUUAUUAUCAAGUUCCUUAUGGUUAUGCAAAAGCACGGUUAUAUUGGUGAGUUCGAGUAUGUUGAUGACCACAGAUCUGGUAAGAUUGUUGUUGAGUUGAAUGGACGUUUGAACAAAUGUGGGGUCAUCAGUCCUCGUUUUGAUGUUGGUGUCAAGGAAAUCGAGCCAUGGACUGCAAGACUUCUUCCUUCAAGACAGUUUGGUUACAUUGUGUUAACAACAUCAGCUGGAAUUAUGGAUCAUGAAGAAGCUAGGAGGAAGAAUGUCGGUGGUAAAGUGCUCGGUUUCUUCUACUGAGAUUUUGGGGAUUUUUUUGUGGUAAUGGGUUGUUAUGCUAAUGGUGAUCAUGGUUUUGUGUUGAUUUGAUUUGUCUUUGUUGCCAUCUUGGGUUUAGGUUUAUGGAUUUUGCUAUAUUGUGUGUUUUUUAUUUGAUCACUUUUUUAAACCAAGAUGUUUUGUUCAUUUAUGCUGUUCUUAAGAUAAUGAAAUGAAGCAUCUUUCAAGUUUUAUAUAA